AGUCUCAUCUCAUAUCAUAUCAUCAUCUUCAGAGGCAAAUUGAUACAACAAACAAGAGAUUACUACUUCUGCACUACUCGAUUCUUCUUCUCUUCUCUUCAGCUUCUAUAUCUUUCAUUACCAUCAACAAUCACCCCAGAUUAAUUAAUUAAUCCUAUCUGUAACAAUGGCUCCUCCUCACCCCGCCGCCGGAAAUGGAGAAAUCCAGGGCGUGGAUCGAAAGGCUUAUGUGACGUUCCUGGCGGGGGAUGGCGACUACGUGAAAGGAGUAGUAGGGCUGGCCAAGGGUUUAAGAAAGGUGAAGAGCGCUUACCCACUGGUGGUGGCCAUACUGCCCGACGUCCCCCAGGAGCACCGCCAGAUUCUGAGGUCACAGGGCUGCAUUGUUACGGAGAUCGACCCUAUUUACCCUCCCCACAACCAGAUUCAGUUCGCCAUGGCUUACUACGUCAUUAAUUACUCCAAGCUUCGUAUUUGGAACUUGUUGGAGUACAGCAAGAUGGUGUACCUGGAUGCUGACAUCCAAGUCUACGAGAACAUCGAUCACCUUCUGGAUAUGGCGGAUGGGUAUCUGUACGCCGUCAUGGACUGCUUCUGCGAGAAGACGUGGAGCCACACCCCUCAGUAUGAAAUCGGCUACUGCCAGCAGUGCCCCGACAAGGUGAGGUGGCCGGCCGAUCGGAUGGGAUCCCCUCCGCCUCCCCUCUACUUCAACGCUGGCAUGUUCGUCUUCCAGCCCAGCACCACCAUCUACCAGAACCUGCUUGACACCCUGCGCGUCACGCCUCCAACUCCAUUUGCUGAGCAGGAUUUCCUCAACAUGUUCUUCGAACAAGUGUACAAGCCCAUUCCUGUGGUGUACAACUUGGUUCUGGCAAUGCUUUGGCGCCAUCCCGAGAAUGUUGAGCUCGACAAAGUUAAAGUUGUCCACUACUGUGCUGCUGGAUCAAAGCCUUGGAGGUACACGGGCAAAGAAGCAAACAUGGACCGGGAGGACAUCAAGAUGCUGGUGAAGAAAUGGUGGGAUGUUUACAACGAUGAGUCUCUGGAUUACAAGUUAGGCGAAGAAGAAGAAGAAGAAGGACCGGACGAUGUUGCUGAUGAUCUGCAGGGAUUGUCAAAGCCACCGGCAUCCAAAAUGGCUGCUUCCAUGUCGCCGCCGCCACCUCAUGAGCCAGCAGCGGUGUCAUACGUGCACGUGCACGCUCCCUCUGCUGCUUAACUUUAAAAAUAUUAUUAUAUGUAGCUCAUGCAUGUUGUAUGUAUAGCACCUACGUAUAUCAUGCAGCCAUGGAUCCAUCCAUCGGACUCAUUGCUUGCUGCUGCAAUACAUACAUACAUACAUACACUGCAUAUAUAUAUAUAUAUAUAUAAUUAAAAUAAAUCAAUUGGCCGGCGCCUGCAAUCCUAGCCAGUUUUUUUCUUUUUUUCUUUUUUUUUUUUUAGUGAAUAUAAUGUUGAAUGGGCAGCUAAGCUUCACCUGUUUUAGCUAGCUAGAUAUGUUGGUGCACGUGUGAGUGAAGCUGCGAUAUAAGUUACUUAGGUUCUGUAUGCAGGUUUUAAUUAAUCAUCUAUGACCACCACUAAAUUAAUAAAUGGCACUAGC